AUGCAGCUCCAUCAAAAUUUUCGAGUGCCUCAUCGACUACGACUGGUAAAUCAAGCAGCCUAUGAGCCAGAAUUAAUUUUAAUAGGUCCUAACCACGUUGGUAAGGAGCACUUGCAGGAUAUGGAAAUGACCAAACGCCAGUGUUUGAAGAGGAUUGAUCGACGAAAAGGUCAUGAAAUCAUGUGUAGAUGUUUCGAGGAAAUAAGAAACAUGGAAGCAACUAUUCGCCAAUGGUAUAGGGUACCCGAAGCGUUCAUUUCGAAAGACGAUUUAGCAGGACUCAUGGUGAUCGACGGAUGCUUCAUUAUUGAACUACUGUGCAGAGAGCCGCAAGAUCUAAUGUCCAAACUGCAAUGGAGUCGAGCUGCCUUAUUUGGUGAUCUCUUGCUACUCGAAAAUCAACUUCCUUUCUUUGUACUAGUGAAGUUGUAUGGCCUGAUCAAGGAUUCGACAGAUGGAACAGACUUCGCUCCCCAAGCUUUAGAUAAACUAAUUCGAAUGCUGCCAGGACCAAAUAUAGCAACUGCAUACCUUUCCACCAUCAAAGAUACCGACGAAAUCCAUCAUCUUCUGGGCUUAAUACAUGAUAACUGGGUACCUUCGCCUCCAGGGAUACAGCGCUAUCGGGAAUAUGUAGAAGAAAUUAAAAAAGCAGAGGCAGAAGCAAAAGAGAAAAAGCGCCAGCCAGGCACAUGGAAAUUCAUCCUCUGUGCAAUAGCAAUCUCCAAACAGAAAAAGUUAGGCCAAGGAAAUCAAGAGAGUGGUACUGCCAAUAAAGGCCAUUGGAAAUUCAUAUGUUUUUCCAGAGAAAAAGCAAAACGACUGGGAGGACGAGUCGGACGACAAUCCAUACGUUGUGCAAGAGAGUUGGAAGAAGCAGGAAUAGAGUUCAUAAAGGUCGAUUGUGGGAGUGAUGAGGAUGAUAGCAACCAAGAGAGCUAUGCAAAGAGCUUGUUCGAUGUGGAAUUUACAGGCGGAAAAAUGAAGAUUCCAACGUUGGUGAUCGGAGACAAUACAGAGCGUCUCUUUCGCAACCUUAUUGCCUACGAACUAUAUGUGCAAGGUUCGACUUAUGUCAUUGAUUAUGUGACAUUGAUGGAUAACCUCGUCAACACAGCCAAUGAUGUGCAGUUGCUUCGUUUAUGUGGAGUUAUUGUGAAUAUGUUAGGUGACGAUGAUGCUGUUGCACAAAUGCUUAACAAACUUCGUGACUGUGUUACACUAUGCGGGGAAACCUUUUAUUACGAGAAGAUGUUCGUCGACGUGAAGCAGCACUGCGCAAGAAGCUGGAACACUUGGAAGGCGAAACUAAGACAGCAGCAUUUUGUGGCUGAUCUAUCUAUUGGCCAACUGGAUCUUAAAGCAAAAAGGGGUUGUGUCCAUUAUGGAGACAACGUCGCCUGA